CUGGAUAGUCAAGCUCUCCCUGACCUUCUCGGGAAGAUAAAUAGAGGAACGGAUCAUUCUAUUGCGUCGUCCACUACGUCGUCUGGUAAGCAGAUACAUCACGACGUCGUUCACAUUGAAGACUAUGACGCUACUAUGCAGCAACAAAAAGUUCAUAAGCCUGAAUUUUCUGCCCCUCCUGACAAGGACGAACCAUCAUACUAUGUGACAGUUCCUAACGAUUUUAUGUCUUCGAACAAGUCGAUCUGGCCUGAAGCGCAUAAACUUCUUUUUCCUAGAGAUGAGGAUCGUCUGCGGGACCGUCCUAUUAUGUGGUUGAUGUCAGAUGCGUCGUAGCAUUUUCUAAUGGUCAAGAAGGAGAUAUCGACUAUUUACAAGAGUCACCAAGCGAUGAAAGCAAAGGUAGCAAAAAAAUGAAGCGGCAGUGAAGGAAAAAGACGUGGAGAUAAAGAAGGCUCAUCUUGAGAUGACAAAGAUGAAUGAGGUUUGGAAGAAGAAGGGAGAGGAGUUAGAGAAUCUGAAGAAGAAGGUUGCAGACGCUGAGGAGGCGUCAAAGAUGGAGAUUGAGGCGCUGCAAGCACAAGUUGCAGCACAGAAGAAUGAAUUGGAUUUCAUAGAAGCUGAGGUGACCACGACGGUAAGAGCGAAACUCAUAUAUGAAUACAUGAUGAAGCGCUCUGCGUCAUGGAAUUCUCAAAAGGAGAUUGACUUGUACCUCAAAUGGGUAGGCUUAGUGAAGGAUUUAGCAAGGCUAUGCAAUAUGAUCCAGCCGGCAGCGGAAUCUUCUGCGAACGUCAACCAACAGGAGGACAACGUCUUUGUUACCACUGCAACAUUAAUAGCGUCUAACUUUCCUCAAGGCGACAAUUCGGAUAAGGAGGUUGUGCCUGAAGUUUAAGCGUCUGAGAAGUCUACCGAUGACAAUGUGAACGAUGUUCCUGGCAUUUAGCCAUUUAAAACUUUAAAUUCUGUUUGAAAACACUAGAUAUUUUUGAGUUACUUGCAGGAGUAAUCAGACUGACGUAGUUUUAAUUUUGGGUCACUCAUGGAGUGACCACAACUUAUUUUUACUUUUGGCCAUUCGUAGGAAUGGCAUAAGUGUUCAAUUUUUAGUUUAUGCAGAUGAUUGUUUGGACAUAUGUCGUGCCUUUUUUCUAGU